AUGAAUGGAGCUGUGAAGAUCGCAAAUAAGAAUAUGAAGAAAAUAAUCCGUAAAAUAAUCGAAAGACAUCGGGAUUGGCACGAGAAGCUCUCCUAUGCAUUAUUGUCAUAUAGAACUGCUAUUCGAACUUCUAUUGGAACAACGCCUUACAACCUUAUGUACGGAAUGGAAGCAGUUUUGCCAGCUGAGGUCAAGAUUCCUUCAUUGCGCAUACUAAUGGAGGCCAAAUUGAAUGAAGCAGAUUGGAUUAAACAACGUCACAAACAGUUGUCUUUGAAGGUUAAAUGCCAUUUAUCAUGGUCAGUGCUAUCAAAAAAGAAUGACCCAUGCUUACAACAAGAAGGUCAAAUUGCCACUAUUCGAAGAAGGAGACAAAGUGUUGAAACGUAUUUUGGCAGUGCAAGAGGAGGCCAAAGGCAAGUUCGCCCCAAAUUGGUAUUGCCGGGUGGAGCACUUGUUCUCGCAGAAAUGGAUGAACAAGUUUUUCCAUAA